GUCCAUCCCCUCGUAAUGUUCCGCUGUGUGACAACAUUCUAUUCUGCAGUUCCGCCCUGCUCGCAGCUAGCUUUAGUGCUGCGGAUCAAACCUUUCCAACUGUAUAUUUGGUUGGAAUCAUGCGCUCCAUUUCGGGUUUAAUUGCUGUGGUCGCCUCGGCUACUUUUUAUCUCUACCUUCUGUCUUCAUACCUCCCCCCGGGACCGCGACACUUUCGCCAGGAAAACGAAAGGGAGAAGUCCGUAGAAGACAGGGACGACUUGGUAGUCGAAGAAUACAGCCUGCGGUUCCCGUCGGACCUGGAGGAGCUGCGGGAGCUGGCCGAGCUGAUGCAGUUCUACAAGACGGAGCACACGGCCUACGUGCUGCUGCUCUUCUGCAGCGCCUACAUCUACAAGCAGUCCUUCGCCAUCCCCGGGUCCUCCUUCCUGAACAUCCUUGCGGGGGCGCUGUUUGGCCCCUGGCUGGGCUUGCUGCUCGCCUGUCUGCUCACCACCGUGGGGUCCACCUUCUGCUACUUGCUGUCUCAAGUGUUUGGGAAAAGCUACAUCGUGCGUCUCUUCCCAGAAAAGGUGGCCAUGCUGCAGGGGAAGGUGGAGGAGAACAGGAGCAGUCUGUUUUUCUUCCUGCUCUUCCUGCGGUUCUUCCCCAUGACUCCCAACUGGUUCCUGAACGUCACCGCUCCUAUUCUCAACAUCCCCAUCACCCUCUUCUUCCUCUCCGUCUUCAUUGGCCUGAUCCCGUAUAACUUCAUCUGCGUGCAUACGGGCUCCAUCCUGUCGGAGAUCUCGUCCCUGGACAACCUGUUCUCCUGGGGGACCGUGAUGCAGCUGCUGGCCAUGGCCUGUGCCGCCCUGCUACCCGGCGCGCUCAUCCGCCACUACGGCCACGCCCGCCUCCGCCUGGGGGGGGCCGAGCACAGCGGGAACGGCCUGGACAAGAAGGUCAGGUGACCGGGGCCCCCCGCUCGCCAUGGCGCUACCACGCCCACUCCCGUGCCCCCGCCAUCGCAGACGUCGCUCGUAAAGGGAAAACCGUUUUUUCGCUCUUUUUUUAAAUUUCAGAUUUUGUUUUUUUGUCUUAAAAACGCCAGCUCUUAAAAAAAAGAGGAAAAGAAAUCUUGCUGAAGAUUAUCAGCUGGCUUUCAGGUUUGAAGAGAUUCGGUGGUGUUUUUUUUAAUAAUCUUUUUUUUAUUUAUUUUAAUUUUGUUUCAUGUAUUUAUUCUUUCAGACAAUUAUGUUUCUGUGUGGAACAGUGUGGUCGGUUGUUUUGUGUUAUGUGUUCUUUUAUUUGUGAAGGGACGAUGGUUUACAUUGAUUCUCCUGCGGCAUUUGAGCCGUAAGACUCAGGCUCCCAGCAGCCCCUUCUUCUCAAAGGGGGAGGGGAGCUGUGGAAGGUCACCUGAGCUGUCCACAUUGAGUCCUUUAAGCUGCACACGGCAAACGACUUCUGCUCACAACAGCCUUCGCAGUGAGCACCAGCGAGAACAAAUGUGUGUGCGUGCGAGUGCAUGUCACUGUGAACUUCUGUAAACCGUAGGUUCUUUUUUCAGAUGUUCGAAUCUGUGCCCACCAUUAAUCUUAAGUGCUGUUUUUAACGUGCUGCUUUUAGUACUCUACUUCGAACAGUGGAAUGUAUUUAUAAAGAAAUCUCCGCUUUUCAUAAAGGAGAAAAGUGGUGUAAAAAGCAGUGUUGGCAUUUGUAUGAAAAAUUCAGCUCUCAGUGGCAGUCUGCAAGGACAGAUCACCUCUAACUAGGCAUACUAUGAAAGAACACUCAGCCUGUUCACAGAUGGCUUGGACUUGUAGGCUCCCAUAAGGCACAAUUCUGAUGGUCCUGUGUGUGUGUGUGUGUGUGUGUGUGUCUGUUUUAUGAGGUGUUUGCACACAGUCCACUUUAUUCACUAAUUUUGUGAACCUUAUGGUCAAACUGAUUGGACUUGUACCGUAGUCACAUCAAUACCAAGGGUUAAUUGGAUCUUAGGACACACCAAGAUGACUGAUCUUCAAGUGCCUUAUUAAAUGUCCCCAUCAACAUCUGCCUACACCAGACAACUACCUCAACACAACAGGGACAGUCUUGUACAUCUCAUUCAUCAUUCACUUGGUCCUGAAACAAAGUGUUCACUAAUCUGUAUCACCAAUAUAGACAAUCAUUUAUUUGUCAGAGCAAAUCAGUUUUUUUUUCUGCUGUUGGCUACAUGGCCAGAAAUGGAGUGUUUUAAUUGCACCUGUGAUCACCUGUGAUUGACAUCAGUAUCCACCAAUGGCAUGCAGAGACUGUUAUGACUUGCCCUCAUCGUCCAGUGCUGUAAGAGUCCUGCUUAGGCCAUCACUAAUUACUGUGCUGCAAUCCCUGGUCUUUCCAGGAAGCUGCAUGACAGCACCGGGAUCUAUAUUACGCGUCAUGUGCGUGAACCAUCGAUAGUGUGUGUAUGAAAAUGGGACUGAAUUCAGUUUUCAUUAUCCAGUCUGUUUUGCCAGUGUACCCUGAUUUGCAUCAUUAUUGUGGAAAUUCUGUUUUUGUUGAUGAAAAAAACAGAGGGAGAUUUAUUUUUUGUUGAUGAUUUGAUAGAACAAUAUUCUGAAAUAUUAAAUGUAAAUUUCUCUAGCAAUUUAACUGCAUAUAGCUUGAUUAUUAUUAUUAUUAUUAGAUACAAUAACAUUUUUUUUACUUGUUUAAAUAUGAUCUGGUAAAAUUUGUAUGACAUCUCUAAGAAACAUUCAACAUUUAUGGCGCAAUUGAGUAUGAAUUUAUAUUUGGAAUAGUAGUAAUGACUACAUUUGUAUUAUCCAAUAUAUUUUGACCACAAAUAAAAGUGGUGGCCAUUACCUUCUCACAGAGACUUGUAUUAAAAACAUGAAUAGAUAAUCUCUUUUGGAACUGCUAUACCAGUAUUGUAAAUCAUGGGUGUGAAACUGUUUUUAAAUUCAUUUGUACAUAAUAUCUGUGACAUGUUUCCUUCUGGCAGGUGCUGGGGUAAAAUGUGUUCCAUGCACAGUGACUUGUGGGGACUGUGUAGCACUGCUUAGACAAUGCGAACUGUACUUUUCGCCAAACAAUGACAUGGGAUAUGUACUCUUUAUUAUUCAUGUUCCACCACUUGGCUAAGUUAUGAGAGCGCUGCCUUUUGGGUUUCAAGUUCAGUCUCUUGUAAGUGUAUUUGGAUAAAUUGCAACCCAUUGUAACUGCUUGGCAUGACAAGUGCUUAUCUGUCAACUAGCCCUGUGUCAGACAUUUACAUUGUGUGUGCUUGGUAUGUCCCAAGCAAACACUUUCACAGGCUAAUCUGAAGUGUAUCUCUGACAUUUAUGGUACAGUUUUUCUAGCAGUGGCCUGUAAUAUGGAUGAAUUGUAUUUCAUCGACUUCAGGCUGUCUAGAACAGAUGGAAAAACUAUUUGGAAAUGGACCCCAGGGAAAGUGAUAUCCUUAUCAUAACCACAAGGGAAAGUUUUUGGAAAACAAAGCAUAGAUGACCUUGAAGCCAAAGUUCUCCCAUGAUGCAUCUGGCGAGGAUUCUGUGACACAUUAAAGGGUAACUUCUUUGUCUGUCCCCUUCUUACCCUUUUUCUGUAUUUCUUUCAGUUGUGUGUGUGCGAUUGUGUUUGGAUCAUUUAUGAUUCAGUGUGAGUCGAGUGCGUGUGUCUUAAAUCUCAUCCAUGCCAAGAGUUUGCCUUGUUUGUUUUUUUUUUGCAUCUUGCGUUUAUACUGCAGUUUACCCAGAACAAGUUUGCCUGGCAGACCUUUCUGGAUGUACAAAUCAUGUCUUACGGAGUUUAUUUCAUAUAUAUUAAUGCCGUGUUCACUUAUAUUAGUCUUGCUUUACUGUUCUUGAAAAAUAUCCCCUUUUUCAAAAAGCACACAGUUAAUUGUCCCACCUUAAAAACAAAACCUCAGAAGGCCCGCCCUACACAGUGACUGUUGGUGCUGGUCCUCACAGGCAUAUAAAUACUUUGGAAAGUGUUUGCACAUAGUAGGGACAGCAGCACAGUCAAGGAUGCACAAACAAUUAAAAAGUGAGCAAAACUAAUCUGUGUACAUGCUAUCAGUUCUUGCUUAUAAGCAUAGUGACCUGCAUCUGUGAAAACACCAGAAUACAUACACAUGCAUUAUAUGAAUCUAUAUGACUGUGAAAUUUUUUUUUUUUUUUUUUUAAGUACUGCAUUGUUUGUAAAACAUUGUACAUUGGUUUGGUUAUGUCUCUCUACUAUUGGACUCUAAUAAAGACUGGUAAAUUUUCUUCAGA